GAUAUGAUCAAAUAUAUACGGAGCAUAUCUAUACACUGAAGCUUCCUCUCUCUCUCUCUCUCUCUCUCUCUCUCUCUCUACACUCUCCCUUUUUUCUUCUUCUUCUUCCUCUUAGUCAGUCAUAUAUACAUUGUUUUACUGGUAUUCCAUCGUCUCUUUAGGCGCUUUCUUUCCCUGAGUUUAACCGGAAUGAACUGAGAUCGAGUAGAACUGGGCAGGUGAUGAUGGCAUUAUUUCAUCUCCGGCCACAAAGCUAGCGGGGUAGAACUGUAUAGUAUGUGAUUAAAGCCGGCAGAUCAAGAUAGAUCAGCGGAUGGAACUUGAAUGUGGGCUUUACUUUAAAGGAUUGCGAUUGUUGUUGAAAAACUAGAAAUCAAAGAUGGAUCAGAACUCGAAUGAGGACGUGAAGGAAAGCCGUCUUUAAUUUGUUUUAUACAUUUGGUGUCUUGUUUUCCGAUCAUAGGAAUAGAGCCAGAGGUUUCAAGCUAGCUUUAUUCAGUUCUCCGUUAACCUUCUCGCCGGUUUCAUAUCUCUUCUCUUCUCUUCUCUUCUCUCUCUGUGAUGUUUCUGUACACACACGUAACAAGAUACACGCAUUCUUCUGUGUAGAUAGAUAGUUUAUAUUCUGUAUACCUGUUUCCUGGUUGUUGUUCGUUUGGUUGCUGUGACGAGAAGUGGAUAGGUAUCAUUGUGAAGUAGUUAGUGGAGGUAAUUAUAGAGGGGGAAAAAAGAGAGGAAAAGUUAUUGAUGGCGUAUCAGAAUCAGUUGUCACAAGAAAUGGCGAGCUUACAGCAUUUCUCAGAGCAGCAGCUGGGAGAAAAUUCGUCGGUAUUGCGGACUAUACUUCCGCAACAGCUAGGAGGUCAGUCGUCGCCGACGGGAAAGCCGGCGGAGAGCCACCAGCAGGCGCCGCCACCGACGUGGCUGAACAGCGCAAUUCUGCGGCAACAAAGUCAGUAUGUCGGUGAUGGCUCUGGAGGCAGCGGGGAAGGGAAUUUCCUAAAUUCUCACAGCAACUCCGAGUCCUCGGCGGCGGCGGCGGCCUCGAAUCAGUGGCUCUCGAGGUCAAUUCUGCAGAGGAACGUCAGGGACGACGUGCCGGUAUCGAGAGAUUCGAUGAUCGCCGCGGCGAUUAUGCACGAAUCGGCGGCCGAUUUGAACGCCAACGACGACGACGACGUCAAAAAUAUCGGCAACAAUGACAACCACGGUGGAGCUGCCGGCGGCGAGUUGGGCGAGAGUGAAGUCGUCGGCGGCACCGGAAUCGUGAACUGGCAAAAUGCCAGGUACAAAGCCGAAAUUCUAGCGCAUCCGUUGUAUGAGCAGUUAUUAUCAGCACACGUGGCGUGCUUGCGAAUCGCAACUCCAGUGGAUCAACUCCCGAGGAUUGACGCCCAGCUCGCGCAAUCUCAGCAAGUCAUUGCAAAAUACUCAGCGCUCGGACAUGGAAAUCUCGGAGACGACAGAGAACUCGAUCAAUUCUUGACCCACUAUGUCUUGUUGCUUUGUUCUUUCAAAGAGCAACUGCAACAGCAUGUGCGCGUUCACGCCAUGGAAGCAGUUAUGGCAUGCUGGGAAAUCGAGCAAUCUUUACAAAGCUUAACAGGAGUGUCUCCAGGAGAAGGAACAGGUGCAACAAUGUCAGAUGAUGAUGAUGACCAGGUGGAUAGUGAUGCCAACCUGUUUGAUGGAGGAGGUUUAGACGGUACAGAUAGCCUGGGAUUUGGUCCUCUCAUUCCAACCGAGAACGAAAGGUCAUUGAUGGAGCGUGUAAGGCAGGAGCUGAAACAUGAACUAAAACAGGGUUACAAGGAGAAGAUUGUAGACAUUAGGGAAGAAAUUCUCCGCAAGCGAAGGGCUGGAAAACUUCCCGGUGAUACCACAUCUGUCUUGAAAGCUUGGUGGCAAUCACAUGCCAAGUGGCCAUACCCAACUGAGGAAGACAAGGCUAGGCUAGUGCAGGAAACUGGGCUCCAACUAAAGCAGAUUAAUAACUGGUUCAUCAAUCAGAGAAAGAGAAACUGGCACAGCAACCCUUCCUCUUCUACAACUUUGAAGAGCAAACGCAAAAGGUGAAGAAACUAAUGAAGUCAACCAGUCAGGUCUUGUGGCUAAUCCAGAUUUACUUUGAUGAGUAGCAUAGAUAGCAUGGAGUUGAAGCCACAAGAUAAGAAACACUACUGAUAGAUGUUCGUAGAUAUGCUCAGGUGACAUUUUGCAGAGAUGGAAUGGAAGCAUGCUUUUUGCAAGUUCUAAUAGCUACAAGUUAAUAGAUACAUCAUAUAUAUAGUACCAAAACUGGGUUUGGGAUGGGUGUUUCCGAAAUCUCAUUUUUGUUGUCCUGUUUUCAACAUUUGUUAGUUAUUAUAUUAUAGGAGGGAGCAUAGGGGUAGUAGGGUAUGGGGGUGGUGGUGGGGGUGUACAGUUCAAUAAUCCAUUGUAUGACUUUGGAUGCAAUUAUCAGUUCAGAAGUAUGUAUCUAGUUUUGUAAGUGCACUAUGAGAAUAUUUUAAAUUAUAGAUAAUUUUUGUUGUAGCUU